GUACUGGAUGCGCGGUUUUAAUUGUGGCUAUAGGAACACUUGCGUCGGGAGAGCGUCUGUAGCUGUCUCGCUGCUUUUUCUUUCAGCGACAUCAGCGUUGCGUUUAUAACUUUCGCUCCGUGACGUCCAGCUGUUUGUAAACGAGAGACUCCGCGCUAGGCACUACUAUUUUCACAUCCCGCGCGCCCGGCUCCGGGUGCGUUCUAGCUGUUCGCAUCGCGAGUGUAGAUGCGUUUUACGUUGAGCGCGUGCGGGGAGGGUUCAGCUGGCCAAUGCGCCAAUAUACGCUAACGGCUUAAAGAGCCGCUUCAGUGUGCAUGAUAGGAUGAAGACACCGCAACUGUCGGACAAUUCGUUAACACGUAGAGAUCUCACACAGCUACAACUGCGAGAAUAGUCGGAACGUCUGAUAAUAAAUGGACAGACCAGCAGCUUUCGCGAUUCACUUGUCACCGAGCUGGAGGAAUUAUUGGAAGUAAUGGGGAAUACAACACCCAAACCAUUAUUAGAUGCCAGUCGACAGCACCGCCCAGUGGCCAGCAGGCAGUACUGCACUAUUACCAACAGUGGAGCGGAGCGCCGCACAGCUGCCCCACCGAUCAGCAUCGAUACGCCCCGUUUUCACCCCCACGCCAAGGGCAAGAACAUUCGGCUUGACGCCCAACUGCGACGGGCCACACGGAAGAACAGCUUCUGCAAUGGCAUCACCUUCAGCCAGCGACCCGUGCGCUUGUACGAGAAGGUGCGUUUGCGCCUCUCGGGAAUUCACACGGGCUGGAGUGGGGCUCUUCGCUUCGGUUUUACCAGCUUAGACCCCAGCGAGCUUGCCCUGGUGGACAUCCCCAAGUAUGCUUGUCCCGACCUGGUGACACGGCCUGGAAACUGGGCCAAGGCGCUUCCCGAGAGGCUGGCCAUGCGGGACAAUGUUCUGGCCUUCUGGGCUGACCGCCACGGCCGGGUCUUCUACAGCAUCAACGACGGGGAGCCCAUUCUCUUCCACUGUGGUCUGAGUGUUGCCUGCCCACUCUGGGCAAUCAUUGAUAUCUAUGGAAUCACACAAGAGGUUACACUGCUGGAGAGCACGUUUGCUGAGAGCGUGGCCACGGGGUGUCUGAGUACCGCUCGACUCAGCGCCUAUCUUCCCCAGAGCAACCACGACUCGGCCAAUUACAGCAACAACCAGCUAGAGACCAACCAGGCCGCCGCCGCCAAGUUCGCCACACUGCAACUCAGCAGCUACAACCAGCUCAACCCGUGCUGCUCCGCGUCUUCUACGGCUUCAUCAUCCAACGCCUCCACCACCCAGAGAGCAGCCAGAGGGCUGUCCUCACCCCUCGACAACGACCUGCAUUUUCAUCCUGUCCGAGGUCCGGACGUCGUGCUCUCCAACGACCGCACGGUGGCGUGCACACACUUUCUGGACAGCAGCAGGACGUUGAUGUUCAGCGACAGGCCCGUCCGGGUGGGCGAGACGCUGUACAUGGAGGUGGGCCAUCUCGGCUUGCCGUACUUUGGGGCACUUCUGUUCGGUAUGACCUCGUGCGAUCCAGGCACCCUCAAUGCUGGCGAGCUUCCAGCCGACCCGGAAGUUCUUCUGGACCGUAAGGAGUACUGGGUGGUGUACAGGGGCUUUCCUGUGCCGACGGCGGGCGACGUGCUCAGCUUUACCCUUCUGGCCAACGGCGAGGUACAUCACGGGGUUAACGGAGGGGCACGUGGCCGUCUGUUGUGCGUGGACUCCUCUCAAGUUCUGUGGGCUUUCUUCACGCUGCAUGGGGCCGUGAACCGACUCAGGAUAUUAGGAACAAUUCAGUCCAGCCCAUCCAGCUGCUCAUCGGCAUCUCAGGGAUCAACACCUGAUGACAGUGACUCUGACCUGGCCUUCAGUGUCAACAGAUCCUCAUCGGCCUCUGAAUCUUCUCUAGUGACGGCCCCCAGCUCGCCUCUCAGUCCACCGGUCUCACCAACCCUCUCCUCAACAGACGCACCCCUGAGCAACAAGAUCAAUGAGUGUACAGUGUGCUUUGAUCAUGAGGUGGAUACCGUCAUCUACACAUGUGGACACAUGUGUCUGUGUAAUGACUGCGGGCUGAGGCUCAAGAGACAGAUUAAUUCUUGCUGCCCCAUCUGUCGCAGACCCAUAAAGGACGUUAUCAAAACGUACAGGCCAUGAAAGGACUAUAUUGUGCAAACUUGUAUUUAAGAACUUGCGUAUGUAGCUUGGAUUUGUGUAGCAGCAAGCUCUUUCCGUAAUUCUCUCACCUCAUAUUCAAACACGGAUAAUCUAAGACUAAAUGUUAAAUGAAGACAUGACUGAUGGGAAAAGAUUAAAUAUUUUAGUGCCUUUUGUAGUGUUCCUAAAGCAGCACUUAUUGAAUUAGACAAUCAUAUCUGGAAUGUUUUGUAUGGGUGUGAAUUAAGAAAUUAAAGUUAUUCUCAGAGGGAAAAAUGUGUAACACCGUAAUAAACAGGGCUACAAAUGGGAUUUUAUAUAUUAUAUUAAAGAAAUAUGUAUUGUUUGACCUUCUAAUUGCUGUGUAUAUUUGUAUAAUGACUGUUGAUUUUGACCAUUCAUUGCACUUAUCAGCACAAAAUAGAGAUUCCUUCUCAGAUUUCUACAUGCAGGACUACGUUUAACAAAGAACAAAAAAAAUCUUGUCUGUAUAAUAGAGUGGUGUGGUAUUUUAAGUUCCUUUUAUUCUUUCAUUUUGGCUCUGAAAAAUGUGUCAAACAAUGGCAUUUUCUAGUAAACAUUUUGUCCAAUGAACUGCUAAAAAAUUAUUUACCUUAAGAAACUGCACACAUGACAAAACAGUCGAAUCAUUGUGAAGAGUGAAACAUUGUAACUAUUCACUUCCAGCAUUCGCUCACCCGAAAAAGGGGCCUGAAAAGAAGUCAGAGCUGCAUCUUCAGAUGAAGGUGCUUGACAAUUCACUGCAGGCAUGACAGACUCACAAACAUGGCACAAAACUCACUGACUGUUGUGAUGAAAGGAAUCGUCAGAAUCAUGUUUCCAUUUGAGAUCUGGACAAACACACUUAUUGCAAACAGAAAUGGUUAGUCAUUGGUUUGAGCCUAGAAAAACAAAUUUUCGUAACUGAAUUUCUUAUUUCUUUACCAAGAUCUUGCCUUUAUUUCUUAAACAUUAAGUGCCAAAAAUGUCAUCAGUCUUAUAAUAUAGCUGACAAACUUAAAUUAGAUCAUCAACUAAAGACCCAAUGGCUGACCACAAUCCAGUGUUUUAAACCGGGAAUUUCAGGUACUGUGCAUCACAAGGUCCUAUCUCAUUCUCACUAUGAUACACUGGCAUGCAUCAGGGUUCAGUGCUGGGUCCACAUGCAAUCUCAGUUUCCACAGGGCUUUUACAAUCAAUUACCCGAAUUUUUUUUGCGUUUGGUCUAAAGAUGACGACAAUUAUAAACACUUUACAGUCCAGUGCUUGGAGGAGCAAAAACGAGCUUCUGCUGACAUGGCAGUGGUCCUUCCCACAAUACAAAUCAAAAUAAUUUUCCUAUAUCUCCUUACUGGACAUCACAUCAAUUGCAUGAGGCA